AUGUCUGUUGGGCAACAAGGGCACUUCAUGACGUUUUUCUGUUCACGCAGUAUGCGACCGCCUCUGCUUCUCUCUCGCAGCUGUGUUACCCCAGCAAAUGUAGCUUCCAAGCAUGCCCUUGCAGAAGUUAACCUCCGUCACCUCUCUAUCUCUGUUCUAGUGGAUCUCUCCCGGAGCUCCGACUCUGACUUCACCGCCGACUGGAGCUCGCCGCCGUCACGAUUCGCCAUCAAAGUGAGACGAAUCGGCCGUCUAUCUCUCUCGCUAUCUCCGCCUCAACCAGCGAGGACGCGAUCACCUCCGUCUUCACCGCCGGUCGUUUCCGCUGCCGCCAUCACCGACGGAAGCUACUGUAGUCGCCGAUUAAACCACCGCCGACCUCGAUUCUAA